AUGCCCAAGCAGCUCACAUUCAGUGAGGACGCCCGCGCAGCCAUGAAGCGCGGCAUCGACCAGAUGGCAAACACCGUAGGCGUUACCCUCGGACCGCGUGGCCGCAAUGUCGUUCUCGACAAGAAGUUCGGCCCCCCGCAGGUCUGCAGCGACGGCGUAACCAUCGCCAAAGAGAUCGAGCUUGAAGACCCAUUCGAGAACAUGGGCGCUCAGCUCCUGAAGGAAGCCGCCAGCAAGACCAACGACGUUGCAGGCGACGGCACCACCACCGCUACCGUCCUCGCGCAGGCUAUUAUUCACGAAGGCUUUAAGAAUAUCGCCGCGGGCGCCAACCCCAUGGCUCUUAAGCGCGGCAUCGAGAAGGGCGUAGUCGCCCUCCGAGACCAGGUCGGCACAAUGUCCACUCCGGUCGAGGGCAGAAUUCAGAUUGCGCAGGUCGCAUCACUCUCCGCCCACGACGACAUGAUGGGUGAACUCAUCGCGGACGUGAUGGAGCGUGUCGGCAAGGACGGCGUCAUUACCGUUGACGAGUCCAAGGGACUCGACUUUGAACAGGAUUUCGAAAAGAUGGAGUCCUCCAUCGACGACCCAUACAUCCUCAUCACCGACAAGAAGGUCUCCGCGGUCGCCGAUGUGCUCCCCGCGCUUGAGAAGAUCCUUCAGGUGAGCAAGAACCUCGUAAUCAUCUCCGAGGAUAUCGAUGGUGAGGCGCUCGCCACCCUAGUCGUCAACAGGCUGCGCGGCACGCUAAACUGCCUCGCUGUCAAGGCGCCGGGCUUCGGCGACAGGCGCAAGGCGAUGCUGGAAGACAUGGCUAUCCUCACGGGCGGUCAGGUCAUCAGCGAAGAGGUCGGCCGCAAGCUCGACUCCGUAUUGGUUGAAGACCUCGGCAGGGCGCGCCGUGUGGUCGCUACCAAAGAAUCAACUAUUUUCGUGGACGGCGCGGGAACCGAUGACGGCAUAACGGGCCGCAUCAACCAGAUUAAGGCGCAGAUCGACGAGACCACCUCCGACUUCGACCGAGAGAAGCUGCAAGAGCGACUUGCCAAGCUCUCCGGCGGCGUCGCCAUCAUCAAGGUUGGCGCGGCGACCGAGGUCGAGCUUCGUGAGAAGAAGCAGCGCGUCGAGGACGCCCUGUCCGCAACCCGUGCGGCAGUCGAAGAAGGCAUCGUCCCCGGCGGCGGAUUGGCGCUUAUUUCGCGCCCGCGACGCACUCGACACGCUUGA